AAUUCACGACUUUAUUGUUGAUACACGUUGCAGGUGCGUUCGCAAUGCUUAUAGAUCGCAUUCCGUGCGAGACUAGUCAGCAUGAUGACUGUUAACAACCCGUUUCUGUACAUUUGGUCGAAUGCGCAAAUGACGAACCAGGCGUCUCCCGUGGAGGAGCAGGAGAAGCUUCUGGAUGAGGCGCUGAACGUCGUCAAAGUCCAGGCAUUUCAGAUGAAGCGCUGCCUGGACAAGUCGAAGCUGAUGGAUGCACUGAAGCACGCCUCCACCAUGCUUGGGGAGCUGCGCACCUCGCUGCUCUCGCCCAAGAGCUACUACGAGCUCUACAUGGCCAUAACAGAUGAGCUCCGCCACCUGGAGCUGUACCUGCUGGAGGAGUUCCGGCGCGGCCGCAAGGUGGCGGACCUGUACGAGCUGGUGCAGUACGCCGGCAACAUCGUGCCGCGGCUGUACCUGCUCAUCACCGUGGGGCUGGUCUACAUCAACACCAACACCAGCCUGCGGAGAGACCUGCUCAAAGAUCUGGUGGAGAUGUGCCGCGGCGUGCAGCACCCGCUGCGCGGGCUGUUCCUGCGCAACUACCUGCUGCAGUGCACGCGCAACGUGCUGCCCGACUCGCACGAGCCCGAGAACGAGAACGAGGGCACCGUUCGCGAUGCCAUCGACUUCAUUCUGAUGAACUUCGCGGAGAUGAACAAGCUUUGGGUCCGCAUGCAGCAUCAGGGACACUCGAGGGAUAAAGAGCGCCGCGAGCGCGAGCGCUCCGAGCUGCGCAUUCUGGUGGGCACCAACUUGGUCCGUCUCAGCCAGCUCGAGUGCGUCACCGUCGCCGAGUACAAGCGCUGCGUGCUGCCCGCCAUCCUGGAGCAAGUGGUGUCCUGCAGGGACGCCAUAGCGCAGGAAUAUCUGCAGGAAUGCUGCAUACAGGUGUUUCCGGACGAGUUCCACCUGGCGACGCUGCAGCCGUUCCUCAAGUCGUGCGCGGAGCUGCAGCCCGGCGUCAACAUCAAGAACAUCAUCACGGCUCUUAUAGAGCGACUGCAGCACUACAGCCAGCGGAGCGAGAACGGCGUGAAUUUCGUGGUGACGGAGGACGGGCAGGAGCAGCAGGUGCAGCUGUUCGAGGUGUUCUCCGACCAGGUGGCCGCCAUCACACAGAGUCGCACGGACAUGCCUCCGGAAGACACGCUGAGCCUGCAGCUCGCCUUGCUCAAGCUGGCGCAGCGCUGCCACCCGGACCGACUCAACUACGUCGACAAGGUGUUGGCUCAUACCGACACCAUUUGCAAGGAUAUCCUACAGAACAGUGGUAAAAGUCACCUGGAGCAGAACACCCCCGUGUUCAAAGAGCUGAUGAAGAUCCUGAAGCUGCCGGGCGAGCAGUACGCGGACGUGCUGACGCUCACGCGGCUGCAGCACUACCGCCCGCUCAUGCAGCACCUGCCGCACGCGGGGCGCAGCUCGCUGGCCGCGCACCUCGCCGCGCUGCUUAUUGACGCUGGGACCGUGGUGACCACGCCGGAAGACGUGGAGUCAGUAUUGUCGAUGUUGGACGUUCUGAUCCGGGACCAGCCCGACCAGCCGGCCGACCCGGACCCGGACGACUUUGCCGAGGAACAGUGGCUGCUCGCCAGACUGAUCCACCAGUUCAAGUCGCCGUCGGCGGACCAGCAGUACCUGGUCCUGAGCGCGAGCCGCAAGGCGCUGCAGGCGGGAGGCGCCUCCAGGAUACGGCACUCCUUCCCGCCGCUGCUCUUCCACGCCUACCGGCUCGCCGAGCAGUACAAGGACGAGAAAGACCAGGACGAGAUGUGGGAGAAGAAAUGUCAGAAGAUCUUCCAGUUCUGCCACCAGAGCAUCAGCAUGCUAGUGAAAGUCGAACUUGCAGAAUUACCCCUUCGGUUGUACCUGCAAGGCGCCCUAGCGAUCAGCGAGAUCGGGUUCGCGAACCACGAGACGCUCGCCUACGAGUUCAUCGCGCAGGCCUUCUCGCUCUACGAGGACGAGAUCCCGGACUCCCGAGCGCAGCUGCAGGCUCUAACGCUGCUCAUCGCCACGGCCGAACAGGCCAGGUGCUUAGGCGCGGAGAACAUGGAGCCGCUGCGCACGUCGUGCGCGCUGGCGGCCGGCAAGCUGCUGAAGAAGCCCGACCAGGCGCGCGCCGCCGCGCUGUGCGCGCACCUCUACUGGAAGAUCGACAAGGACGGCGAACCGUGGGCGCUGAGCGACGCGGGGCGCGCACUGGAGUGCUUGCGCAAGGCGGCUCGCGUGGCCGCGCAGUGCAUGGACGGCGCCGUGCAGGCUCAGCUCCUCGCCGAGCUGCUCGGGAGAUACGCUCUACUCCGGAGCAGGAGACACCCGGGGCUCACGCCGCAGCUCAUACACACCGUGAUCGCAAAGAUCCGCGAAGAGCUCGGCAACGUGGAGGCGAGCGAGGAGGCGGAACAAAUAGCGCGCCACUUCCACAACACGCUGCGCCACCUGCGCCGCGCCGCGCCCGGGCUACCCGCGCUCGACGACGCGCUGCUGCAGUGAGGAGUGCGGUGCAGUGAGGAGUGCGGUGCAGUGAGGAGUGCGGUGCAGUGAGGAGUGCGGUGCGGCGCCACACUUCCACAACACGCUGCGCCACCUGCACGCGCUGCUGCAGUGAGGAGUGCGGUGCGGCGCCACACUUCCACAACACGCUGCGCCACCUGCACGCGCUGCUGCAGUGAGGAGUGCGGUGCGGCGCCACACUUCCACAACACGCUGCGCCACCUGCACGCGCUGCUGCAGUGAGGAGUGCGGUGCGGCGCCACACUUCCACAACACGCUGCGCCACCUGCACGCGCUGCUGCAGUGAGGAGUGCGGUGCGGCGCCACACUUCCACAACACGCUGCGCCACCUGCACGCGCUGCUGCAGUGAGGAGUGCGGUGCGGCGCCACACUUCCACAACACGCUGCGCCACCUGCACGCGCUGCUGCAGUGAGGAGUGCGGUGCGGCGCCACACUUCCACAACACGCUGCGCCACCUGCACGCGCUGCUGCAGUGAGGAGUGCGGUGCGGCGCCACACUUCCACAACACGCUGCGCCACCUGCACGCGCUGCAGCAGUGAGGAGUGCGGUGCGGCGCCACACUUCCACAACACGCUGCGCCACCUGCACGCGCUGCUGCAGUGAGGAGUGCGGUGCGGCGCCACACUUCCACAACACGCUGCGCCACCUGCACGCGCUGCUGCAGUGAGGAGUGCGGUGCGGCGCCACACUUCCACAACACGCUGCGCCACCUGCACGCGCUGCUGCAGUGAGGAGUGCGGUGCAGGAGCGGGCGCCACCACCACCAACACCCCGCCGAGUACCACCGCCGGCCUCCAACACCUCGUCACACUAACGACUACACGAAGCUCACGAGUCCCCGGCCGGGUUCUCGGUUGCGACAGUAUUACUCGUACAUGACGCAUUAUUACACUCGACGGACGGACGGAGAAGCGGACCGGGGGCCGAGGGGUGAGGGCUCGAGAUAAUAUAGGUACGUCUGGAUUUAGAGGUAUUUGCUUAUUCUAAAUCCGUAAUUUAUGAUUUAUACUAUGUUUUUUUUUCGUAACCGGUUACGAUAUAUUAUAUGUAAACUUGUAUAUAAAGUGUCCCAAAAUGAAUGAAUGUACUAUACAUUUUAUAAAAUGCACUGAUUGUUAAUAACGAAUUUAACAAUUAAAUUGUUAAAAGGUACUUUAUAACAUACUUUAUUUAAAUUGGGCAACUCGCAAGCGGGCUCUACGAGCGCAAGCGUCCAUGGGUUGCGAUGACUGCCUUGUUUGCCACCGACGUGGUAUAUUAAAAAUGCUUAUUUUCAAUUAGAUUUUUAUAAAUCAGUCAGGCAUCCCUCGCGUUAAGAUUUAGUUGUCUGAAAGACACUUUGUAAAGUUUAAAAGCGCAAUUAUUUUAGGCGAUCGACGCUCUGUGGAACGCAAGCGAUUAUCUGAAUGUAGGAAAUGCCAGCGCUCCUCUAACCGCAUUAGCAUUUUUCAUACAUUCCCCGAUCGCAUGCGUUUAACGCGGCGACUAUCGCAUAAACAUAUAUAGUUAUAUUAAUAAAAGCGUCGACUUUAGUAAUCUUUAAGAAAUCUAUCUCAGUGUGUGAAUAGGUAGCCUUAAUUUUGUAGCCAAUUUCGGAAAAAAAUCUAGUCUAUAUUAUAUCACUACACGUUAUAGUAUAGUAUAGACUAAUAUUUUGUAGCAAAUAGAACUAAUUUAGUGAAUAUUACUAUGUUUAUAUAAUUAUAAGCGGUUUUGUAAAAGCAAUAUUGUGUUAAUGAAAUAAACUCAAUUUAUUUAAAAA